CAGACAGAAUGGCUCCAGUGAACCAGCCAAAGGACAAGAAGCAUGAGAGGGCACGUGAGCAUUGGCCGGAAGAUGCAAAAUCAGCUGGGAAGAGGAAACCGGACUGCAAGGAACUAGGGAAUGAGCCACUAGCAAAGAAGUUGUUUCUGAGAAAAACAUCCAAACCCCCAGAGAAAAUCGGUUGGAACGGAGGUGGGUCCAUGGUGAGAAACAACAAAGUCCUUUUCCAUCAGCUGGAGCGGCAGCGCAGCAUUGUUCAUUAUGUCUACCAGAACAUGCUGGGAGGCUCCAUUCGGGCACAGCUCAGGCAGUGUUUGCAGCUGCCUUUUCUGCGUUCUCUUGCCUCAUACCGCCUCUUUCGAACAGCAAGUCCCUUUGACAGGAGAGUGACAUGCCUGGAAUGGCAUCCGACACACCCCAGUACUGUAGCUGUUGGUUCCAAAGGUGGAGACAUCAUCCUUUGGGACUAUGAAGUACUUACUAAAACCUGCUUCAUAAAAGGGAAAGGGCCAGGAGAUUCUCUCGGAGACAUCAAGUUCAGUCCUUAUGAGGCAGUGAAGCUUUAUGUGGCAUCAGGGGAUGGCACCCUAAGUCUGCAGGACCUUGAGGGCAGAGCGGUGCAGGUGAUCUCCCGUGCCCCGGACUGUGGCCAUGAGUACCAUAAUGUUUGUUGCUGGUACUGCAGUGUUGAUGUUUCUGCAAGCUGCCGUGCAGUGGUGACGGGUGAUAAUGUGGGCAACGUGGUCCUGCUCAGCACUUCUGGUGAAGAGAUUUGGAAGCUGAAAUUGCACAGGAAGAAAGUGACUCACGUGGAAUUUAACUCCCGAUGUGAGUGGUUGUUGGCCACAGCGUCUGUGGAUCAGACGGUCAAAAUCUGGGACCUCAGAAACAUCAAAAACAAAAUGAAUUUUCUUCAUCUGCUUCCUCAUGACAAACCCGUCAAUGCAGCUUACUUCAGCCCAACAGAUGGUGCCAAGCUCCUGAGCACAGACCAGCGCAGCGAAAUCAGGGUUUACUCAUCUUCAGACUGGACCAAGCCACAGCACCUGAUCCCGCACCCACACCGGCAGUUCCAGCACCUCACACCUAUUAAGGCAACGUGGCAUCCUCGCUAUGACCUCAUUGUAGCAGGUCGCUACCCAGACCCUAAGUUCCCUGGGUACACGGUGAAUGAGCUACGAACUGUUGAUGUAUUCGACGGAAACACGGGGGAGAUGGUUUGUCAACUCCACGAUCCAAAUGCUUCUGGUAUCAUCUCGCUCAAUAAAUUUAACCCUAUGGGAGACACGCUGGCUUCUGGCAUGGGCUUUAAUAUUCUGAUCUGGAGCCGGGAGGAGAUGGUGGCCAAGAAGCAAGAACAUCUUUUGAAAGCCAUGACAGAACAGGGGAUUGGAAGCUGGAGUUUGUCCAGACGUGGAGGGCAGAGGCAGGCAAACCCUGGAACAAGCAAGCUCAAAGCUAACUUACUGUCUUGGGAGCUGGAGGAGAUGAGAACAAAAACCAACGAUUCUAAAUCACAGGGAAGGAAGAGAAAAGGGAAGGACCUAGAGAACUGAUUUAGUAUUUUGAUCCUUUCUGGAUCACAGGGUACAAAUUCAGUGUUGGCAAUGGGCAGUAUAAGCCAUGGAGGACAUUAGACUUCUACUUUGUCCUUCCUCCCUAGAUCUGAUCUUGCUUCCUUGAUUCCCUUUGCUUC